UACGGAUAGACGACACAAGUGAAAUCCGGACGGUUAGCAACUGUAAAACUGGAUAAAAAUAAACUUUCAUCAUUAGUGUCUUCCACAUGGCUUUGUCGAAUUUAUUUUCAGUUUUUCCUGCAGGAUCAUUUUCCAAUUCGUUUCUCAAGGUUUUUAGAUGCGUACAAUUGCGCCAACUUAACUUGCAAGAGUAUGCUAGCAAAAAAUUAUUGGCACAUUAUGGUAUCAACAUACAAAAGUUUGAUGUGGCAACUACCCCAAAGGAAGCAGCUAAAAUUGGAAGAUCUCUAAUGGCAGAUACAGCUGAUGAGUUGGUUAUAAAAGCUCAAAUAUUAGCUGGUGGGCGUGGUAAAGGUGUUUUUGAAAAUGGUUUCAAAGGUGGGGUAAAACUGACAAAAGAUGUGAAUACAGUUGAAGACAUUGCAUCAAAAAUGUUGGGUUUUCGGUUGACCACAAAACAAACACCUCCCAAUGGUGUUCUUGUUAAAAAAUUAAUGGUUUGUGAAUCGUUAACCAUAACAAGAGAGACAUAUAUUGCCAUUCUUAUGGAUCGCGAAGCAAAUGGCUCUGUUAUAGUUGCAAGUCCAGAAGGUGGAGUUGAUAUUGAAGAAGUUGCAGAAAAAAAUCCAUCAAAAAUACUAAAAGAAAAUAUUGAUAUUGAAAAAGGUGUUACUUUAGAGCAAGCAGAUAGAAUUUCUACGUUUCUGAAUUUCCAAGGAAAGAAGCACACGCAGGCAUCCCUUCAAAUCCGUCGGUUAUACAAUCUUUUUAAUGGGGUUGAUGCUGUUCAAGUUGAAAUCAAUCCAUUUGGUGAAACAGAUAAGGAUGAAGUUGUGUGUUUUGAUGCUAAAAUCAACUUUGACGAUAAUGCAAAAUUUCGUCAAAAAGCAAUAUUUGAAAUGGAUGAUCAUUCUGAAGCAGAUCCUAGAGAAUUAGAAGCAGAUAAAUAUAAUCUAAACUAUAUCCCUUUAGAUGGAAAUAUUGCUUGCAUGGUUAAUGGUGCUGGAUUGGCUAUGGCCACAAUGGAUAUUAUAAAGUUGAAUGGUGGGUGGCCUGCAAACUUUCUUGAUCUAGGUGGAGGUGUGACUGAGAAUGGAGUAUAUCAUGGGUUUAAGUUGUUAACAUCAGAUCCUCAAGUGCGUUGUAUUUUGGUAAAUAUUUUUGGCGGCAUUGUUGAUUGUGCUGUAAUUGCUCGUGGAAUCACAAAAGCUUACCAAAGUAUGAAUCUAAGUGUUCCAGUAGUUGUUCGUCUUGAAGGUACAAACGUUGAUGAAGCAAAACGAAUUUUGACAGAAAGCCAAAUGCCAAUCAAAACUGCUGAAAAUUUAGAUGAUGCAGCUAAGAAGGCAGUGGCUAGUUUUUGAUUGCUAGUUAUAGAUGUGCUUUUUUAUAGAAAUACAAAUGAAAUUUUUUUUA